AUGUGCGCGCAACUGUGGCCGAGUUCGCCCGUCCCCUUCCCGUCGAUUCUGAUUGAUAGCCUGCCUUCGCCUAGACCACGCGCUGGCUUUGCAUGUGGUUUGGACUGGAUGGUGGACCUCGGCAACCCGUCCGCAGCUCGUGGUGUCGCCGAGACAGGAAAGGGAGAGGAAAGAUCGCUGGAUGGGCAAGGAGGGGCUCCCUCGGAAUCCUCGCCAGGGGCUGGCUUUUGUAGUGGAUGUCUGGAGAAUCCGUCUGGGUCGAUAUGCCGCCGACCUUUUGGGGGCGCUGACAAUGCUUUGUUUGGCGUGCUUGUGGUAGAUGCCGGCAGUCACAUGCCAGCUCUCAUCAUCAUCAUCAUCAUCAUCAUCACCAUCACACCGUCGCUCGCUCGAUAG